CGCAAGGCACUAAUGCAUCGUCAUGUGUUUCUUACUAGUUGCUAGGAAACCAGAGACGCGUUUUGGCUAUUAUUGAGGGUGCAGGAACCGGGCAACAAAAAAGUUUGGUGUAUUUCCUGAGGAAGAAUGGAUUCUGAAUAUCUGAAGAGAUGUCUAGGGAAGUGUCUGGCAGAAGGACUGGCAGAAGUAGCAGAGAAAAGACCGAUGGAUCCUAUUCAGUAUCUUGCUCAUUGGAUAUACAAAUACAGGAGCAAUCUGGAUGAAUAUGAAAAGAGGCGCUUAGAAAGAGAAGGGCUGGAAAUAGAAAAGGAAGAGGCACGGCAGGAGCUUGAGACGAUUGAAAAAUUGAAAGAAGAGGAGAUGUUGAUCCAGAAAAGAAUUGAAGAACAGCAGAAGAAAAUGUUAGAUGAGUCUCCACAAAAGACUAUUGCAGAGCUUACAGAAAAGUUUGGUGCACCCCACCUACCUACCGUGGAAGAGACCGAUGAAAGUCUCACAGCUGCUGGUGGGAAACGGAAGGGCUUGGAUGUUCCUCUAGGGAUUGAUGACUCAGAUGACACACUUGACAUGGAACCGAGUGUGAAAGACACAGAUGAAGAUCAACUGAAGAAAGAGGCAAUGGAUACCCAAGAAAACUCUGAUCCAACUGUUGCAGUCGAGGAGCAUGCAGAGCUUUUGGAAGUUCCUCAAAGUGAUGGCGUACAGUUAGAAGAUGAUGCUCUUUCUUUGAAUACAGCCAACACAAAUACAGAGCAAAGUGAAGAAAAAGUGCUGGAGGACAAUGAACCUAGCCCUCAUGCAGGAGAUCAAGAAGUGUGAACCUCUUGCAUUAAGUUUGCACUAAACUGGUUUAACUGUUAAUUGGUUAGUUGCACAAUGUAAUGUAGGCACUAAGUGCACAUGGAGGAAAAUUCAGUGUGCAACUCCUUGUUCAGUAAUAUUGGAGACAAAAAAAGAUGUAUGAAAUCUUUAAUUCAAUGAUUCAUAUGUAAUUCUGGGGGAGAUAUAUCAAAGCUUGGUGGGUGAUAAAGUGGACAGAGAUAAAGUGUCAACCAAAAAUCCUGUUACUUAGCAGUUAGAAGCUGAUUGGCCAGUAACUUUAUCUCUCUUCAUUUUAUCGAUCUGCAAGCUUUGAUAAAUCUCUCUCUGAACAUUGCCAGAUAUGCACUAGUUUACUUUUAGCAAUUCUUCAAAUGAUUUAAACCAUGACUUAAAAUAAAAAAAAGUAACAUUUAAUACAAGGGACCCUCACUGAUGUACUUGGCUAGUAGUGAGAAUUAUCAUCUUUCCUUCCAACAUGAAAUGAUUAUAAAUGCUUUGACUACUAUUUUAUUAGUUUGAAAAUUAGGUUAGGUUUACUUUAUUUAACGCUUCAUAUUUUCUCUAACGUCCUA